UCAGUGCUCCCCAAACCAUCCUUGCCUUGCUGACCCAACUAACCCAGAGCCCCUCCCUGAAGCCAGGAGCCCUACUCCUCCAGCUCCCUGAGACCAGAAGGCAUGAGGCAGCUCCAAGCCCUGGCCCUCUUCUUUCUCCUCCUUCAGUUUGGAACAAAGGAGGCAGAGUCAACUAGAGCUUGUGGCCAGCCCCAAAUGUUGAAUCGAAUGGUAGGAGGUGAGGACGCCCAAGAGAGGGAAUGGCCCUGGCAAGUCAGUAUCCAGAAGAAUGGAAGUCACUUCUGUGGAGGAAGCCUUAUAACGAACCAGUGGGUCAUGACAGCAGCUCAUUGCUUCUCUAAUACCUCAGAAACUUCCCUGUACAAGGUCCUUCUAGGGGCCCGGCAGCUGGUGAAUCCUGGGCCUCAUGCCAUAUAUGCUCAAGUAAAAAGGGUGGAAAGCAACCCCCAAUAUCAGGGCAUGGCUUCCAGUGCUGAUGUGGCCCUGGUCCAGCUGGAAGCUCCAGUGCCCUUCACCGACUAUAUCCUCCCUGUGUGCAUGCCUGACCCUGAGGUCAAAUUUGAGGAGGGGAUGAACUGUUUGGUCACAGGCUGGGGCAGUCCCAGUGAGCAAGAUAACCUGCCUCAUCCCCGAAUUCUACAGAAGUUGGCUGUGCCCAUCAUUGAUACACGGAAGUGCAACCUCCUCUACAGCAAGGACUCAGAGCAUGGGAUGCUACCCAAAACCAUCCAAGAUGACAUGUUGUGUGCUGGUUACGCAGAGGGGAAGAAAGAUGCCUGCAAGGGAGACUCUGGGGGACCCUUGGUUUGCUACAUUGGUCAUUCCUGGCUCCAGGCUGGAGUAAUCAGCUGGGGAGAAGGAUGUGCCCGCCGUAACCGCCCAGGAGUCUACAUUCGAGUCACUGCCCACCAUGCCUGGAUCCACAGGAUUAUCCCAGAACUGGAGUUCAAAACUGGCUUUAACAGGAAGAGAGGGCCCCGGGGCCAACAGACUUCCACUCCAAGCUUUGCUCCUUGCCUGGCUGCCCACACCUUGCUACUCAGUCUCAUUGUUCUGCUCACCUUUUGAGUUGAAUAAGACCAACCUGGGCCAGGGCAAAGGCCUGAGGACAGAGGCACUAGCCACCUGACUGUUUGCCCAUGUUUGGCUCCUCCCUUUAGCCCAUGGGAAUGUGAAUUGGAAGAGGAAUCUGUCUAGAAACCUCAGAGCCCAAACAUUGAAGUUGGUGAAAAGGAUCAUAUUCCUGUUCUACUAGGAUCAUACUCCAUAAGGGCAGGCUGGCACUGCAGGGAGUACCCAGGGCACCAUUUUCCCUUUACAAGUCAACACUGUAUAUUUGUAAAUAUCCCUUCUGUUCUUCAUAAGCCUAGUUUUUAUUAUAUUAACCCAUUAAUAAAGCCUGUACUGUCCAUUCCUAAAUGCCUCAAUUCAUAGGGGUCAGAACACCGGGGAUCUAGAGAGGGAAUUGAGAAGGGAAAAAACAAUGUACCCAGGGUUCUUGGAAGAGGUCCUAUAUGAUAACAGGAUGAUCUGGAGCUAUAGGAGAAAGCCACGGCAUGAAAGCAGAAGCAGCUGUUCUAGGAACAGGUGAGGGAGGUAGAUAGCA